UUUGGGAAGAAAAUAAACCACAACUCAACAGUAUAUACACGCAAAGUUAGCCACGGAAGUCAUGGCUAUGGAUCUAGCAGUGGUAGACUAUGGUUCCUACAAGACGAGACCAUCGGCGCUUCUCAACUCUGUCUUCAUGACAACGGUGAACGCAGCGGCAAAGACCCUUGUGGCGGUGGCGUCGAACGCCAAGGCGGCUGACCAGCAGUCGGAGAAGUGGAAGCCAGCGGACCACUUGAGGUUCAUGCUGAUGCUCAUGACUUGGUUGGCAGUUUGGGUUCUUAGGGUGUUGAUGGAUCACUGUCCUUUCGCUGUUGGCUCUUCGUAUUCGCUUGAUAGUGGUGGAAUUGGAUCAUCGUCCCUUGACUUAAUGUUGCCAUCAGCUUCAAUGUUGUCUUCUUCCUCUGGUGCUUUUUCUUUGGAUUUGGUUCUUCAUGAAGAUUCUAAUCAAGCUUCUCCUGCUAAAGCUCUUGGUAGAGCUCUCACGCAUAUACUGGCGUUGCUAAAUGAGAUUCCAGCUUCCUCGAGGAAGUACCAGUUUGCAAUGGGAAUGGCUGACAAGAUUGUAGAUGAGAACACCAGAUGCGGACACGGGGAAAUGAUCCAAGUCAAUCGUGCGGCCCUGGCUUCAGCAUUCGCGCGUACGUCAGGAUUUCUUUACGGCUCUCUCAAAAGCCCCCGCAUGUCGGAGGAUUCAGGAACAUGGCCCUCACGCAUUCUUCGAUCUCUACAUUUGGGUUCUUUUGUGGCUUCUUCGCUCAAAGGUCUGGGCACAUUUUUCCCAUGGGUCGGAACAGUCACGAGCCUUCUUCAAAACAAGAGAACAUCUGCUGUUCCGUGUGAGGAGAGGGUAAAUGACUUGGCGGCUGAGAAACACGCACAAGAACUGCUAUGGAUAACGACUAAGAUGGUGGGGUGUGGUGCUGUGGAUGAAGCUUUGGUGCAAUGGAGCUUUGCUUCUGGCUUGGCUUCUAUUUCUCUUUCCUCUAAUUCUAGGGUGCAAGGCUUCAUUGUCAAGAUCACAGCAAUAUUAUUUGGAGAGCUUAAGCGAAUGAAAAACGAAGUUCCAAGGCAAGUGAAGUUCAACAUACUAGUGCUGUGGCUUCCAUUAUUCUGCUAUGCAGACAACGGGCUUUCGUAUCCAGUAUUGACAGGGUACGAGAAGGUUGAGAUGGAGAAGACAAUGGACGAAUUGAUCUCAUCGCUGCCCACAAUCGACCAAGAGGUAAUUCUCACCAACUGGCUGCAAGACUUCACGACAACGUCUUCGGACUGGCCAAAUCUCCAGAAAUCAUAUGACCUUUGGUGCCAGUCCACUCGGGAGUUCGUUGCAUGAGUUGUGCGAAUAAGAAGGAUCACACUGUGUCUUAUGUAAUAUAUGGUUGUAAAAGCCGAGCCUUUUUGCUUGACUGUUAUAUAGUUGGGUUUAUACGACCCAAUAGAAGUGCCAUAUGCACUUUGAGUUUGCCAGUUCCUUUUUUUUUUUUUUUUCAAACUAUUUCCUUAGUUUAUAUAGCUUUCCUGUAUCUUUACCUUUUUCGCAUCUUUAUUAGUAGUAAUAAAUACAAGCUACAUAUCCUACUUCUCUUA